UUGAGAUUUUUUGGUCAAGUAAAUUUAAUAGACCCAGCAACACCAAUUCAAGAGGAGAUAUUACUAUUUCAUGAUCAUGCUUUAGUUCUUUUAGUAGGAAUCUUUGUUUUUGUAGUUAUUUUAGGGGUAAAUUUAAUUUAUAACAAUUUAUCUUCACGAACUAUACUAGAAGCACAACAAUUAGAGACAAUCUGAACUAUUGUUCCUGCUUUACUACUAAUUUGAUUAGCAUUACCAUCUUUACGACUAUUAUAUUUAUUAGAUGAGCAACCUACAAAUGGUUUAGUUUUAAAAAGAACAGCUCAUCAAUGAUAUUGAAGUCACGAGUUACCCUUUACAGGUAAUGCUUUUGAUAGUUAUAUAACUCCACUUAGUGAUUUAAGAGUAGGGGAUUUUCGACUUUUAGAAGUAGAUAGACGGGUUACUCUUCCUUUUUCAGUAAAUACUAAUGUUAUUACAACAUCAGCUGAUGUUUUACAUGCUUUUGCAGUUCCGUCAAUAGGAGUAAAAAUAGAUGCAGUCCCAGGACGACUAAAUAGUAUAAGAAUAUUUAUUAAACAUCCUGGUAUUUAUUAUGGUCAAUGCUCAGAAAUUUGUGGGGCUAAUCAUUCUUUUAUACCUAUUGUAAUUGAAGCAAUU